CCUGUUUGCAGUUAUUUGUGAGGGGAUUUCUCUCCACUGGAUACACCACCGUCACCAUAGCAUGAAGAAUUUUUUAUUUAUUUUAUUGAAGAAGAAGAUGACGACAAUGAGGAAGAUCAAUGGCACAAAACAUAAGUAACAGCGUGCGCGGGAGAGAUAGACUGCUUGAAUGACUCAGCGCGUCCUUCGUCCUAAGAGUAAUGUUGUGGUAAUAUCCUAAUAUCCUUUUAAUUUUUAAGAGUAGUGUACUCCCCCGUGGCUUGCGUCAGCACUGGUCAAUGCAUUAAUGACCAUAAAGUGAAGCAUCAGCCUUAGUUUUUCCCCGUUGUUUAUCCCAGCGUCCACCCCUCGUCACUAGAUCCGCCCGGCACCAUAGCUCGUGACCAGAAGAGAAGAUGAGUGGUUUUGAGGGGGAGGGGAGGUUAACGUUUUUGAUUGAAGAUUAUUAGGGCACAUGCAUUUAAAAAAAUAAUGAAGUUCACAGAUAAAUUAUUUAUAAUAAACACUACAGUAUUCCAUUAAAAAAUAAGAUUUCCAUUAAAAAAUAAGAAUCACCUUACAGCUAGCCUCCACAACAAGGCUGUGUCUACGAAAGCAUUCUUUCCUGAGGCCAGCAUACUUUCAGUUGAACACCUUUUUUAGCUGAUUUUUUAUUUUACUUUUAUUUAUAUUAUGUAUAAUUGUAGUGGAAAUUAGAUUUUUGUAUUACAAUUCAUCUAUUCAUAAACGUACCUCUCCAAUCAAGAUCUACGAAAAUUAAGCACAUGCCUACUUCCCUAUGACAUCCUUUUGCUCAAACUUCCCCAUUGUUGAAAACCAUGGCAUUUGUUCCUCAUAAUUAAUGACCUCUACCAAGGCUGGCUCACAUUUUUAUGACCGGUUGAGAUCACUCAAGAUGAAUUUCUUCACUGUAAGUGCUUUCAUGGUUUAUUUUUCAAUUAGUGCUGGAGAAUCAUGCAUAAAAAUUACUGAGAAUCAGCACUACUCCUGCAUGGGAAGAAACCUCAGCUAUAUUCCACCCAGUAUUCCUUCCUCCAUUCAAACUCUGGAUUUCAGUUUUAAUGUUUUGAAACUCUUACAGAAGACUGUUUUCCCAGUUUUGUCUUUUCUGCGAGUCCUUGAUCUGUCAAGAUGCCAAAUCGAGCACAUUGAAAAUGAUACUUUCUACAAUGUAAAGAAUUUGACUACUUUGAUUCUCACUGGAAACCCUAUUACAUACUUUGGACCUGGAUGCUUGAAUUUUUUACAUAACCUACAAAGACUAGUUCUUGUGGAUGUUGGUCUCUCAUCCUUACAGCUUCAAAUGAAUAAUCUAACCAAGCUACAGGAGCUUAGAGUCGGGACAAAUAACAUCCAGUCUAUGUCUCUCCCUCCAUUCAUGAGCACCUUCAAAGACUUCAGUUUACUUGAUCUACAUGCCAAUAAUAUAUCCAUCAUCAAAACUGAUCACACUGCUGUGUUGCGAGAGAUCGGCAGAAACAUGACUUUGAUUCUCUCUUUAAAUCCGUUAUUAUAUAUUGAACAAGGAGCUUUCAAAGACAUUUAUCUCAGAGAACUGGACAUCCGAUCUGCUUUUGUUUCAUCUGCUGCUCAGAAAGCUGGUCUAAAAUCCCUAUAUGGUCUUAAUGUGAAAAGGCUAAUGUUUGGAAAGUACAGGUGUGAUUACAAGAUUAUAUCAUCAGAUGCACACUAUUUAGAUGGUCUUUGCUUUAUUAAUGUUCAUGAGGUAUAUUAUUACAUGAAAGAAAGGCAUGAUGUGCCAGUUAAUAUCUUUCGCUGUAUGAUAAAUGCCACAAUUGUAGCUGUAAAGGGUGGGAUAAUUCGUGAAAUAGCGAAUGUGCCAUUUCAUGAAAUCAAGGAGCUUUAUUUGAUUUCCAGUCAAUUAGAUACUGUGCCAGGUAAGCAACUUUCACAUCUCCAUACUUUAGAAAAACUAGUAUUUACAGACAACGUUGCAACCCAAAUUCCAGACUUCAUAGACAUGCCUAAGCUUCAGUAUGUGGAUCUGAGUUCAAACCAAAUUACAUCAACAUCAUGCUGCUCAUUUUUUUCUGGGACCCCUGAAUUGAGGUAUUUAAAUUUGAGUCUAAAUCCACAAAUCGGUCUUUGUGGAUUUAUCGGAAUCGGACUUGAUUCCCUAGAGAUUCUAGAUUUCCAUCAUACAAGGGUUGUAGGUAUGGGAUACCUCUCGCUUUUCUCUAACUUAAAGUAUUUGAGGUAUUUGGAUGUUUCUUAUUCAAGUAUCACCUUUGUUAACAUAUAUUGCUCUUAUGGGCUGAGUAAUCUUAAAAUUCUUAAAAUGGCCGGCAAUAAUUUUCAGGGUGAUGUAGCAAGAUAUUUAUUUAAUAAUCUCACUUUUCUGGAGCACCUUGACAUGUCAUACUGUCUUGUGGUAGAGCUUUACCCAAGCUCAAUCAAAAAUCUUCAAAGGCUUAGACUUUUAAAUUUGAGAGGAAACAAUUUAAUGACUAUAGAUUUCCUGGCCCUCCCAAUCCUGAAACAAUUAACGUCACUUUAUGUCGAUAAAAACAGCAUUACUAGCGUCCCACUUUAUGUUCUCCAAAAUUUGCCCGCAAACCUUUCAGAGUUUGAUUUGUCCUCUAACCCCAUCGAUUGCUCCUGCUCCCAGACAGAUUUUAUUUCGUGGAUUAUCCAAAAUCAGAACAUUUUGAAGCAACCAGAAAAUAUUUUCUGUAAGACCUUUUCCCAAAGCUCAGAUUUUAGAGCAACAGACUUUGACACUGACAGCUGUGUGCACAAGAAGCGACUCACAAUUGUUUUAUCGGUAUGUUUUGUUACAGUAGUAGUUCUUUCAUCACUCUUGGUUUAUAGGUUUCAGUUUCAUCUUCAGUAUUGCUGUAUUUUACUGAGAGGCUACAGAACACCUGCACAACAAGAAUGUUCCUAUGACGCAUUUGUGAUUUUCUCAAGCUAUGAUGGAGUCUGGGUCAUGAAUGAACUGAUGGAGAAUCUGGAGAACGGUGUUCCACCGAUUCAGCUUUGCCUUCAUAUGCGCGACUUUCAAGCAGGGAAGUCCAUCGCUUCCAACAUUAUCGAUGAAGGAAUAAUGGGCAGUCGUAAAAUCAUUGUGGUUGUGUCUCAACACUUCAUUGAUAGUGCCUGGUGUCGCUUUGAGUUUGAAUUAGCUCUGUCUCGCUUUAUGAUGGAGCGCAGUGCCAACAUCAUCAUCAUCAUUCUGGAAGAUGUGGAAGAGAGGAAGACUAAGAAAGUGUUUGGACUUCAUAAGCAUCUGAAAAAGAACACAUACCUAAAAUGGAGCAGAGAUCCUUUGAGAAAAAUGAGAUUCUGGAUACGCCUCAGGAAAGCUAUUAUUGCCACAAACCAAUAAUAUUACAUAUAUUGCAUACAUGUUUUAAAUAAAUAAACUUGUGC